AUGCAAGGACACACAGUCAAGAAGCUCAUCAACCAUACCUCUGUCCGACCUCAACCUAAUCACCUCCACCCCAAAGACCCUUCAUAUCAUCACCUACCGCAAACACCGCACAAAAUGACAGCAGCACACCACUACCACUUCAACAUCGCCAUGUCCUGCGGCGGCUGUUCCGGCGCCGUGGAGCGCGUCCUUAAGAAAACCGAAGGGUUGGCCGACUACAAAGUCGACCUUGCAACUCAGACCGCAGAUGUCUACACCGAUGACGUGAGCUAUGAGACUGUGCUGGAGAAGAUCAAGAAGACGGGGAAGGAGGUGAAGGGCGCGGAGAAGGAUGGGGCGAAGGCUGAGAUAUGA